AUGGGAGGCGAUAAUUCUAAGCUUGGUUAUCGUAAUGCUGUCAUACAACUCACUACAAAGACUCAGCCAGUGGAUUCUAAUGAUAAUAACUUCUGGGAUCAAUUCUGGACUGAGUAUCCCAUGUCAAUCCAAGAUAUUUUCGCCCUUAUUCCCGCGGCUGAAAUCCGAGCACUAAGAACAGAGGCUCCCAAUAACCUGGCAACUCUGUGUUAUAAGGCUGUUGAGCGGAUCUCGCAGGUCGCUGAGUCUGCAUCACUAACAUCGAAGGAUCAGCUUACGGUUCUUAAUUGUAUCAGAUUACUGACUAGAUUAUUGCCGUAUAUAUUCGAAGAUAUUGAGUGGCGAUCGUUCUUCUGGUCACCACUUCCAGCUGACCCUUCUUCAGCCAGAGAAGGCGAAUUUGUACCUUUAGCUCAAAGCUUACUGUCAGCACUUUGUGACUUACUGUUCUGCCCAGAUUUUACGGUGAAUUCCAUAUCUAAAACUGGACCUGAUUGCCCAGAAGAUAUGCAUACCAUUGACAGUUGUGAGUAUAUCUGGCAAUCCGGUGUAGGCUUUGCACAAACCCCUGCAGUAAAUGCUGUCCAUGAUUCGAAUCGAACAGAAAUUCUCAAACUUAUUUUGACCUGUUUCUCUGAGACAAUGUAUUUGGAACAAGAAGAAGCACAUCGAAUUGAAAAUAAAUGGGUCACAUUUUUCACGAGUACAGCCAACAGACAUGCAUUACCAUUGUUUACCUCUUUGUUGAAUGUUGUUUGUGCAUAUGAUCCAGUUGGCUCAGGAUUACCUUACAACCACCUCAUGUUUUCUGAUUCACGUGAACCUUUAGUUGAAGUAGCUCUACAGAUUUUAUGUAUAACUUUGGAACCGGAUACUGUGAUAUCCACUCCUACAUAUUCAAAUGCAUCACUUAGAGAUACAAACUCUUCUCAUAGUCAUGCAUGCUCAGAUGUAGAUGAACAAGUCAGUUUAAAUGGUACUCGAACGAUAAGUCAAAACAGUGGUGGAGCAGGUGAUUUGUGGAAUAAUGAAAUCAAUCUGUUUGUGAAUUAUAUGUCCCGUUUACACAGAGAUGAGGAUUUUGCCUUCAUACUGUUAGGAUUAACUCGCCUGUUGAAUAAUCCUCUAACGCAAACGUAUCUUCCUGGAUCAAGUAAAAAAAUUCAAAUGCAUCAAGAAUUAUUAGUACUAUUUUGGCGAAUGUGUGAAUGCAAUAAAAAAUUUAUGUAUUACGUGUUGAAGUCAAGUCAUGUUCUAGACUUGAUUGUACCUAUCCUGUAUCAUUUGAACAAUUCACGUAAUGAUCAAUCACGUAUUGGAUUAAUACACGUUGGUGUAUUCAUUUUGUUAUUGCUUAGCGGGACAAGGAAUUUCGGUGUUCGUUUGAAUAAACCUUAUCGUCAUCGUUCUUUGUUGGAUAUACCAGUGUUUACUGGAACACAUGCUGAUUUAUUAGUCAUAGUUUCACAUAAACUAAUCACAAGUGGUCAUAAUCGUCUGAAUCCAUUAUUCGAUUGUUUACUAACAAUCAUAGCUAAUGUUUCACCCUACUUGAAAAGCUUGUCAAUGGUAUCAUCAAAUAAACUGUUGCAUUUGUUAGAUGCAUUCAGUCAACCAUGGUUCUUGUACAGUAGUCCAUCUAACUAUCAGUUAGUAUUUUUAUUACUAGAAGUGUUUAAUAACAUUGUCCAGUAUCAAUUUGAUGGUAAUAGUAAUUUAGUUUACACGCUAAUCAGAAAGCGUCAAAUAUUCUUUCGAUUAGCCAACUUACCUACAGAUCAAGCCAGUAUAAAUAGUGUAGUUAAAAAGCAAAUCAAAUCAUCACAACAAGGAGCUACUGCUGCUGGUGGUGGUGCUGCUAGUGUUACGUCAAGAGUGUCUACUGGUGAAAUUAGAAAGUCUACUGAUUCGUCUACAGGUCAGUUGAUUUCGGAAAUGUCUAAUCGUUUAUCUAUGGAAUCUAAUCUACCCGGGACACCUCCAUCAACUCCAACUGAGUCUACUGAUCAAGUGACCUCUCAGCUGAAUGAAGUCAAUAUAAACGCUAAAUCAGGUGAUAUAAUCCAGACAAGUUUAGCAGAUAUACCACCAUUACACAAAAUGACUGAUCAACAUUUAGGCAAUGCUGGUGAAAUGAGUGAAUACUAUUCAAAUCUUACUGAUAACAAUCACAAGCAUAGCAACAGUAAUAAUAGUAAUAGUCAUAAUAAUACUAAUGAUGAAAUUGAAAAUAAUUUAAUUUCACAUUCAUCACCUGGUCAACGUGUCUCAUCAACACCUGUGGAUAAUAUUGAGAAUAAUAAUAAUAAUAGUAGCAGUAGUGGCUCUAAUAACAAAGAUGCUGAUAAACAAUCAAUCGAUGAUGGUGAUGAUAAUGAUAAUGAACAGUCUUCUUCAUCGUAUAGAACUGCAACUUCAGAAAGUUGUUCUCAGUCGAAUAGACUCAAUCGAUCGAAAGACAUUUUAGAGUCUUCGUUAAACUCAAAUCUGAAAUCUCAUCAUUCUUCUUCUGGUGCAACAGCAUCAACAACGACAAUAACAACUGUUGGUAGUAGUAAAGAAGAAGAAGAAGAGGGAGAAUUGCAUACUCCUCAUCCAAUAGUACUAUUAGGCGAUGAUGUCAAGUCUACAAAAUCAUCGGAUAGUUUACUGCAUUCAUCCAAUUGGCAACCAACAUCUGAUUGGAUAUGCAGUUGGAAGGCGAAAAUGCCCUUACAGACAAUUAUGCGUCUACUGCAAGUUUUAGUGCCUCAAGUUGAAAAAAUGUGUAUUGAUAAGGGUUUAACAGAUGAAACUGAAAUUGUUCGUUUUCUUCAAAAUGGUACACUGGUUGGUUUAUUGCCCGUCCCGCAUCCAAUAUUAAUACGGAAAUAUCAGUCGAAUAUUGGUACAACUAUAUGGUUUCGUAAUUAUUUAUGGGGAUUAAUCUAUCUAAGGAAUGUUAAUCCUCCUAUCUGGUAUGAUACAAAUGUACGCUUAUUUGAAAUUCAACUAAGUGGUCUGUGUGUUCGUUGUCUGAGUGUUUCGUCAAUUGUUCUUCCUCAAAUUGUAUUUCAUUUUCGUUUAUACGCUAAUGUUUGA